CGCGCACAAACACACACAGAGCGCGGAGAUGUUCGCGUGGGGAGAGCAGAGCGCGCGGGGAUUCAGGCUGAAGGACGGGUCUUACGUCCCCCACAGCGGGGACACGGACACGGUGGGCUUCUUGGACCUGCCCUGUCCCGUCACGAACCUGUGCGUGGGCUCCCGGCUGCUCGCUUACGUCAACAGAGAUGGGAAGGCGUAUAUCAUCCACCUAAACCUCAGCGCGGAUGGGAAGUGGGUCCGAGGAAAGCAAAAGCACGUGGAGAGCAAAGAGAAGAUCCGGGCUGUCAGCUGCACCAAGGACACUCUCUUUCUGCUGUCCAAUCAGGGACAAGUGCUCUGCGUCCAGCCUGGAGUCCCACCCCGGCCAUUUGAACCUUUUCGUGGUGUGCCAGUUUGUCAGGUCUCAUGUGGAAGUCAGCAUUCCCUGGCCCUGACCAAAGAUGGCGAGGUGUUCAGCUGGGGCGUGGACUCCAGAGGCCAGUUGGGUGUGGGUAAGAGUGAGCCUGGGGUCUGCAGGCCUCAGCCUGUGAGGAGUGUGCAGGACCUGCCUGUGGUAUUGGUGGCUGCAGGAGGAGAGCAGAGCUUCUGUCUCACAGUGUCUGGAGGAGUGUGGAGCUGGGGACAUAACUGCAAUGGACAGCUGGGCCUGGGGGACACCACAGACAGACACACUCCAGCUCUGGUCCACAGUCUCACUAUGAAGAAAACAUGUCACAUCUCCUGUGGAGAAGGACACACUGCUGUUCUGACCAAGGACGGGGCGGUGUACACAUUUGGAUCUGGGGAGCACGGGCAGCUCGGACACAACAGCUUCAAGGACGAGCUGAGGCCUCGGCUUGUGGCAGAGCUGUGGGGGUCAAAGGUCACGGCGGUGGCCUGUGGGAGGCUGCAUACGGUCGUGCUCGCAGACUGCCGUGUGUACUCAUGUGGAGUUCAGGGAGCAGGACCAGGGGCGGUGCCACAGGAUAGUGCUGCGGUCCCUCUGCUGGUGCAGCUGCCAUACGAGCUCACAGAGGGUAGGAGCAUCAGAUGGGUGUUUGCUGGAGGACACUGCUCUUAUGCUGCCUGCUUUCUCCAGGAGAGGGAACACCAGUCUGACGGUAUGUCACCUCCUCCUCUCUCUGAUCUGCUCACCAAGUGGACCUCCAACACUCAGUCAUGGAAGAAGACCAAGCGAGAGAUCGAUCAGACCUUUUCUUCUGUCUCACGUUUGAACCAAAGCUUUCUGGAGCACAGGCCUUUUGAGACGUCAUCAAAGGGCUGUGGCCUGGACCUGUCUGCUGCUCACAGGUCCUUCUCCAAACUUCUGAAGCAACCCAGCGUGAUGGAGAAGGUGGAGAGUGCGUGUGAGCGUCUGGUUCUGUCCCUGAACCCCUGCCCCUUGGGGGUGGAGUGUUUGAGAGUUUACCUGCUGCUGACUGACCUGCUCCAUGUGCUCCAUGUGUUCCACCAACUCUCCAGAACGGACAAGCCUCAUAAGGAGAGUGCACUGUUGGAGGCCCUGGCUAAAGCUAUACUUCGUCUGCCAGAGGAGAGCAUCCGCGUGUUAGGGGAGUGGUGGUCUGCUCUGCCCACCUCCAUCAGGCUCAGACAUGUGUGUGUGUGGAGGGACGCUGCUCCUCAUGUCUCCUCUCUGAGUAUUUCCAGAAGUGUGCUGCAGAUCCUCCAGCACAUGUACAAUAGGAACAAGGCUCUAGGCGAAGACAGGCUCCCAGACAGUGCUUUUUGCCUACAAGUACCUUUUGAUUUUGUGGUGGACAUGGUGGUGUGGAAACAAGAGCCAACAUUCAGGAUGGGUGAGAUGCCUAUUCUCUGCAGCUUCCCCUUUUUAAUGGACCUUCAAACGAGGCAUCAUGCAUUAAACCUGAAUAACAAGUACCUCAUGGUAAAAAGCUCUAUGGAGAUGACUUGUGCUGAGGAGAAUCUGGAGAUGCUGUUUCCUGGUUUAUUUAGUGGUUUGUUUCCUGGUUUGUAUCCUCACCACUUUACACUGAGGCUGAGACGAGAGCGUGCCAUGGAGGACACCUUCACACAGCUGUCCCUUGCAGAGCACAUGGACUUCAGGAAGCCUCUGCUGGUUUAUUUCAAUGAAGUGGACAUAGAAGACAACGUAAACCAGAAGGACUUCUUCCACCUGGUCUUCCAUGAGGUGGUGUCUGCAGAGUCUGGGAUGUUCAUGUUUAACGACUCUGCCACUCUAGCCUGGUUCUCCUCUACAGCCACGCCCCCUCUGGAGCACUACUUCCUGUUCGGAGAGCUAUGCGGGCUGGCUCUGUACCACCUCCACGCCGUGUUCCUGCCCUUUCCUCUCGCUCUUUUUAAGAAGCUGCUGGGAGUGUCUCCCUCUCUGGAUGACCUGUGCCAACUUAGCCCCUGCACCGGACAGAGUCUGAGGUGCCUGCUGGAGGAGUACAGUGACGACGUGAUACAAACUCUGGACAUGGACUUCACGAUCCACUGGGACCAGAAGAAGGUGCCUCUGGAUCCACACAGCCCUGACCGCCCAGUGAACGCUCACAACAAGGAGGAGUUUGUAGCAGCCUUUAUAGAGCACGUGUUCACCAGAUCAGUGCAGAGGCAGUUUCAGGAGUUCAGACGCGGCUUCUACAAGACCGCCGACCGCCACAUGGUGGAGCUGUUCAGCCCUGAGGAACUAAGGGACCUCAUGGUAGGACAGGAGUGCACUGACUGGACCAAGCUCAAGAAGAGUGCCAUGUAUGAAGGGAUCUAUGAGAAAGACGGCGAAAAACACCCCACCAUCCAGAUGUUUUGGGAGGUCUUCGAUGAGCUCACAGAAAAGGAAAGGAACGCACUUCUUUGGUUCAUCACUGGCUUUGAGAGGCUGCCCAUUCUCCGUGUGGACUUAAAGAUAAAAUUCCAAGGCCUGCCCCAGCAAGAGGAGAGGCUGAGUGAGGACCAGUACUUCCCCCAGUCCCACACUUGCUUCACUGCUCUGGAGCUGCCCCAGUAUUCCUCCAAAGAGCUGAUGAAAAUGAGGCUGAGCGAGGCGCUGGCACAAUUCCAACACAGGCACGACCAGACUGUUUCAGAUACCACAGCAGAUAUAUUACUCUAUGACUAGCCUACCUAAUGGAUCAGGAUGUGCCAUUUGUGUUUUAAAGUUACAUAGUUCUGUUACUUAUGUAUUACAUUUUUUCCCAUUUUAAUUAGUUGGAAAUUAUGCAGUGUAUUUUUUUUACCACACCAGUAAAGUUAUCUUUAAAACAGCUGCUAAAAACCUAUAAAAGGUUUGGAAAAGCGUUUUGAAAAAUUCACUAAUUCAGAAAUGAGGUGAAUGACCAGCAGAGGGUAGCAGAGUGUAGAUCUAUUAAAACAAUGUGAAAAUGGACCGUGAUAUAUUGAAGAUCUGUCACUCAACCACCUCUGGGUGUGACCUCGCAGGCUCCACCCUAUGAUUGUACAGAUUCAAGGGGGGUUUACUUUGAGGUGGCUUCAUUUGUAAAUAAAUAUUUGCAUAGUUUGUUUUUUAUGUAUUAUAUACUAAUAUAAUUUACUUUGACUCUUAUUAAUUCUGCUAUUUUUUUUUACAUCACAUCUCUGGGAAACCUAAGGUAACUGGUUCGAGACCAGACCCUGGCACUUUAACAUUGUCACUAUGAGAUAUUCACUGGCUUCAGCAUCUAGUUUUGAAUUUUGUCUAAAUAAGAGUAUUAAACUGUUGAACUUAUUCUGUGUUUCGCGCCUGACCAUUGGUCCCUUACAUCUGCAUUUUGUAAAAUACAUUCAGUGGGUUUUCUGAUUGGACAGUGCUGUUUGGAGUAGGAGGGGAGAGUUCAAGUGGGUAGAGGUUGUUUAAAGCGUUCAGCUCAGAAUCAAAGAUUACAGCCACAUUUAAUGAAGGAAUGAGCAGUUAAAUGCUGAAAAAGUACAUUUUGCAUAAAACUUUGCUUUAAGUAAGAAUAAUUUGGAUUUUCCUGGGAAUAUAAACAUAUAGACUGCAUUAUCUUUAUGAGAGGUGUUCCUUGGAGUUUAGACAUGUCAUUUUAUUAUU